AGGUAGAUGGCGCUGAGGCUGAUAUGACGGUGAAGUGGAGACUGUGAAGGCAGCAACACCAUGGGUCCUGGUGGAGGCUCAGUAGGACUCCACGUGUCUCAGGAUCCCGUCGCCCAAAUGAAUACAUUCAGGUCAUACGUGUCCAUGCUGGCAGACCCCGGCUCUAAGGAUGAGAACAAACUGAAGGCUGCCCAGGCCCUGAGUGAAGACCUUGAGACUAUUGUUGCCUCACCUCAGUAUCCAUCUUUUCUUGAACAUGCCAUGAAGAUAUUUAUCAAGAUACUAAGUGAAGGUGAUCCGCUCUUUAUAUCAGAGUACAACAUCCAGGUAAGCUCACCACACAGAGGUCAGCUCACGUCAGGUAAGCUUGUACCAGGAACAAAGGUUUUUAAGCCUUUCCUGGAUCAUCAGCAUCACUGUCACUGCUAUCAAUUCCAUAAAAAGGUUCCUCAGUUGCAGCUAUCAUCUAUAGCGUGUGAAGGAACCUGGCUCAGGUUAAGUCGUGUGAAGGGCCUGGCUCAGGUUCGUCGUGUGAAGGGCCUGGCUCAGGUUCGUCGUGAGGAUGACCUUUUUUUUUUAUGA